GGAUUAACCAGAACCCUUCCGGGCAAGCUUGCGGCCCCAGACCUAGUCUUGAACAGCAAGAGUCGACAGCUUGGGCCUUCGUGAAUGCGUAACAAAUCGAUUUAGUGAUCCAUGGACCUGAGGCGGGAGGCCGCCCUGGCGUGGCGGGGCCGGCCACAAAACGAGGGCCGGCGCAACACCUGUAUACGCAAUCGACUCUCGCUUGGUGCUGGCGCCGGCGAGCAGCGGAGUUAUCGUCAUGACGCCGCAUGGAGCCCAGCUGCUCUGCAUGCGUUGCCGGACUCCAGAGGCGUGGCGGGCGCCCCCACUGGCGACGGGCCGCCUGCCUGGGCCCCCCCGCCCCCGCCCCUAGCAGCAGCGCCGCCCUCGUCGUGGCGGGGGCCGCCCCCCGCGCUGCCCCCCAUCAAACCGCUAGAGCGGGUCGGCACAUGCGUGCAGGUUCCGCACCAGGCGUUCCUGGACCUGGGCGCCUCCUCGGACCGCUUCUGGCGCCUGGUGACGCGGUCGCUGGUGCCGCCGCAGCACCGCACGGACAUGGGCGUGCUGCUGGCGUGCCUGGAGAGCGUGUACAGGGCCGAGUAUCAGCAGCUGGCCGGGGAGGCCAUCACCGCCAUCGCCGCCGCCAACGCCGCGCACGUGCGCCCCGACGGCAGCGUGGCAGACCCCCUGCUGCAGACACUGCCCGAGAUGGACACACCCCCGCCGCCCCCGCCGCCCCCUCCCAGCCCCGAGCAGCUACAGCAGCAGCAGCAGCAGCAGCAGCAGCAGCAGCGAGAGGAGGAGGCGGCGGCGGAGAUGGCGGCGGCCGCGCUACGGGCAGCUGAGGCCGUGGCGGAGACGGUGGUGACGUCGGUGGCCGCGGCCACGACGGCGGCGGUGGAGGCGGCGGAGGUCCGGCCCUUCCAGGAGGCUGGGUCGGCGGCGGCGGCGGCCGCCGCUGCAGCUGCGUCAGCUGCCGCGCAGCCGUACAGUCAACCGGGGGGCGGCGGGAGAAUCGAUCGACCCGAAGCGGAGGGAGGGACAAACGGCGCCGGGGCUGGCAACGGUGGCAGUAGCAGUAGCAAUGGCAGCAGCAGCAGCAGCGGCAGUUGGCGGGGUGGUGGCGGCCGUGGCGGCGGCGCGGUCACUCGUAGCUAUGACGAGCUCACGGACGCCUCCUUCGCCGCCAUGGAGGCCGAGGUGGCGGCAUCAAUGGACGCAGGCGACCCACAAAUGCAGCACCAGUCAGCGGCCGCCGCCGCCGCCGCUGCCCGCGCCGGAUGGAGCCGCCGCGCCGCGCCGCAGGCAGCGCCCGAGUCGGCGGCUGCACCGCCGCUGGGCGGUGUGUCUAGUUGGCUGCCUGGCGCCGGCAGUGGCGGUGAUGGUGAUGGUGGUGAUGGUGGUGGUGGUGGCGGCGGCGGCGGCGGCUAUGUGGAUCUGACGCCUCUGGCGGUGGACCUGGACGACGGGGCGCUGCAGCGGCUGCUGCACCUGGCGGGCAGGGCGGGAUACCAGCCCAUCACGCUCCGCGACCUGGCUCUGGCCGACUCGCUCAAUGCCGACUACCUGUCGCAGCUGUUCAUCAAGGGCUCCACCCGCCGACUGGACGGCGCGAUGGUGCAGGACUAUGUGGACCCCUCGCUGCCCGCUGAGGCUCGGCCGGUGCUGCUGCUGCAGCGGGGGUACGGCCGAGAGCUGCAGGCUGGGCGGCUGCUGCUCCAGAAGCUGGACUACCUGCAGACGCUGGCGGUGGGCCGGGCCGGCGGCUGGCUGGGCGGCGCGGCGGCGGCCUUGGCCGCAGUGCUGUUUGGCACGUUGGAGUCGGAGGGCGGUGGCGGAGACAGCCAGGGGGCCGCCAGUGGAGACGACGGCGUCGGCGUUGGUGAGCAGGUCACUGGCAGCGCGGUGUCCAACGGCAGCGCGAGGGGCGAGGGCGGCGGUGGCGAUGGGUCGGCACGGCCACCUGCAUGGGAUGCGGCGGCUCCGCCGAUUGCGUUAGCGCCAACAGCGCCGCAUCCGGAGGGCGAUGCCGUGGCGGCGGCGGCGGCGGCGGCGGCUCUGGCACACGAGCCGGCGGCGGUGGCAGCGGCAGGCUCUCAAGGGCGGCCGGUGUUGAGAGGAGUGCAGGAGGGUGGAGCAGGUGGAGACGGAGGUGGGCUUGAAGUGGACGGCGGGCACGGCGCCGCGCCUCCGACAUUGUCGGCUGCGCGGCGGCACGGGCGUGAGCUGGAGGAGGCGGCGGCGGCGGCGGCGGGGGCGGCGGCGGCGGGGUCCGGACGUGCCGAGGAUGUGGUGGACGGGGAGGUGGCGGCGCCGGCGGCACUCGAUGAGCGCAUCCUGCUAGCAGUAGGAGGGGAGGCCAGCGGCAGCGACCAGGGCGAAGUACACAGUAGCAGCAAAAGCAGCAAAAGCACCGGGGGUCGGGGUGUGAGCAUGGCCCACGCAUCUGACGCCGAUGCAGCAAGCGCGCGUGGCGGCGACAGCGAACCGGCCGCCGCCGCCAACGCCGCGGAUGCCGCCGCAGCCGCGCUCACCGGCCCGGCUGACGUCAGCUUGCCCUCGGCGCCUGCAGCAGCUGUGCGCUCGGACAUGUCUCCGCACGGCGCGAUCCCGCAGGCCGCCGGACCCGAGCCCAGCGGAGGAGGCGGCGCCGCCGGCGGCAGCCAAGACCUGCCCAACCUGGUCGACUGGUUCUCCUGGCUUUGGCACGGCCCCGGCUACGGCCCCGCACCCUCCACCUCCACAACCAUAACCACCUCCACAUCCACGCACACAACCACCACCAGCUUGCCACACCCCACCACCAGCUCCAGCUCCCCCUCCACCUCUGAGACGUCUGCGACGUCGGCAACGCCAGCGGCCUCGGCUCCGCCGCCCACAGCGCCAGCAGGAGCUGGCGGCGACGCGGGGGAAGGGAGCGGGCCCGGCUCCGCCUCCGCCGCGGCGGCGGCGGCGGCCGCGGCGGCGGGCAGCGCGGCGGCGGCGGCGGCGGCCGGCUCCUGGGCCAGUGCGGUGUCGGGCGUGUACGGCGUGUUGUCGGACUGGGGCCUCAUGCCGCGAUCCGACGUCAUCCCGCUGGCCGCCUUCAACAAGCACUUCCCGGUGCGCGAGCGCGCAGGCCGCCCGCCGCUGUUCAUAUGCAAGGUGUCGCUGGUUGACGCACUUGGCGGCGAGGACUGGCUGCGUGCGGGUCUGCGCAGUCUGCUGGACGGCCUGCUGAGGGAGGUGCAGCUGCAGGAGCCCACUUUCCGCGAGGUGCUGGUAGUGUACCGGCCCGCACACACACGCAUGGCGCCGCCCGCGCCCCCGCCGCCCUCCCCCGCCUCCGCGGCACUGGCGGCCGCCGCCGCCUCGCCCUUCUUCCCCAACCCCUUCGGCCGCACGCGCCCCGCCGCCGCCGCCCAGCGCUUGCUCCAAUCCCUCCAGCAACAACAGCAGCAACAGCAACAGAAGCAAGAGACGCAACAGCAACAGAAGCAGCAGCAGCAAGCUUCAGCUCGGGCGGGUGCAGAGCUGGGCCUGCAGGCGGGGGAGGGCGCCGGCGAUGCCUCGGCGCUUGCGGGGCUGCUGCAGCGCGGCCGGCUGCGGAAGCAGCGGCGGCGGCGCGCGCAGCAGCUGGCCCUGGACCUGGAUGACAUACUGCAGACCGCCGCCGCCGAGGUGGGGUCGCUGCCAAGCGCCGCCGGCGGCGGCGGCGGCGGCGGCGGUGCGUCGGCAGUUGAGCCGACUGGGGGCAUGGCGGCAGCCGGGGUGGGCGGUGCGGAUGCAGUGGGAGCGGGGGGCGGCAGCGGCCGGCGGCGGCGCAAGCAGCAGCAGCAGCGGCAGCGGCGCGCCGGGCUGCGGUCCGGUUGGCUGCGGCGCUUCCUGGGGUUUGGCUGGCUGCGGCGGGCGCUGGCGGGGCGGUGGGGCGAGGAGGAGGAGCCGGAGCCGGCGCUGAAGCGGCCGGCCAUACAGAUCCGCAUCUACAGGGACAUCCCGCUGCCCACGUGGAAGGUGGUGCUGCCUGAGAAGCUGCUGCAGUUCCGGCCGCUGGACCUGCUGCGAGUGGACCUGUUCGCGGUGGCGGGUCUGGCGGGUCUGGCGGCGCAGGCCCGCUACGACAACGUUCUUCUGGACGUGGUGACGGCCGGCAGCGCGGCGGUGCUGCUGGUGCGCAUCGUGCUGGGGUACCAGCGCAUGGCGGACAGGUUCCGCUCCGUUGUGAACGAGCUGUUGGCGGAGAAGGCGCUGGCGGGCCAGGAGGGCGCGGUGGAGGCACUGGCGGGCGCCGCCGCGCAGCAGCAGCUGCGGCAGGCGGCCCUGGCCUACGUGCUGCUGCUGCACGGCGGCGGCGACGCAUGCCCGCUGCCGCCGCAGGCGGCACCGCAGGCGGCGGCGGCGCCACCGCAGGUGGCGGCGCCGACGGCGCCUACAGCGGCGCCAGCCGCGGCGGCCGCGGCCGCAGCCGGCACGGCUGUGUCGGGGGCGAGGCGGGGGCUGCUAGUGGAGCAGGACUGGCCGAGUGAGGAGACGGAUGAGGAGCCGGACCGGGAGCCAGCGGCGCCGCCGGCACUGGCGACCACGUCUCGGCUGCAGGAGCUGGCGGAGUGGGCUCUGGCGGACAAGACAGGCGUGCGGGUCCGCUUCAACGCCUGCCAGGCCCUGCACGAGCUGCAGCGCCUGGGGCUGGUGGUGCGCGUGUCGCCGCCGCCACCGCCUCCAUACGCUCCUCACUCCCACACCCACACACACGGACACGGUCACGAGCACGGCCGCGGCGCCGCCGACGGCAAUGGCUGUGGCGCCGGCGCCGGCUGCAGCGCCGACGUCCUUGACGUCACAACCACCGCCGCGGCUGGGGCUCUGCUUGCGCCGUCGUUGGCUCCAUCUUCUUCGUCCUCGUAUGAUGGCGAGGCGGCUCCCGGCGAGCCGCAGCAGCAACAGCAACAGCAGCAGCAGGGGCAGGCCGGCCGCGCGCCUGCUGCCGGCUGGUGCGGCUGCGAGGACCCGCUGCUGGGAUGCGACGGCGCGGACGGCUGCGGCUGCGCGGACGUGUGGUGGGCAGCGGUGCCGCUGCGUGACGCGGUGGCGGUGGUGGAGGACCACUGGCAGGGGCUGCUGUGGUCGCAGGUGGGCACCAUCCUGCGCCGCCAGGACCGCACGCAGUAGCAGUGGCGGGGGCGGCAGAAGCAGCAGCGGGGGCGUUAGGAGCAGUAGCGGGAGUAGCGGUAGCAGUGGCGGUGGCGGUAGCAGCAGUGGUGGCAGGAACGGCUGCGGACGUGAGUGCGGGUACAGGUGCCAGUGCGGGCGCAAUAGCGGUCGCAGAUGCAGACGCGUGAGGCUUUGAAGUGGUCCCGAAGGCAAAGGCAGUCAUCGAUUGAUGAACUGUGAUAGCGCUUGUUGGUUAUGGUUCGGUGCUGGUUGUGUAUAGCUCAGGUAGAUUAGCAGUCGGCAGACAGGUGGGCAGGAUGGUAGCAGCAGUAGCAGUAGAGCAGAACUCACGGACUUGGCCACGCCACAUGCGUGGAGCGGUGACGCCGGUGAGUAGCACAGUGUAGCAGUGCUUGGUGUGUGUGUGUGUGUGUGUGUGUGUGUGUGUGUGUGUGUGUGUGCGUGCGUGUUGGCAGGAUGAGGCCGUGCAAGCUUUAGCAGUGCGUCUGUUGCUGUGGGGGCAGAUCACCAGGAUUCUUUAAGGGGCCGCGCACGUCUGGCGUGGCCCAGAUGGCCAGGCUCCUGCGAAAAGCGAACCAGGGGGGGCGUCGACAAAAAGUGCCAAACUGGCACAAACCGCGAGCUGGAGGGGCUCAGCCCCUUUUCCCGUGACCGGGGAACACUUGUCUUUUGGCCGCGCCGCGCAUCUGCGCCGUCUGCUCGAGCACCUGCACAAGCACAAAUGAGAAGUUAGACCACGGGAGGGUCGUAUGGCAUGCGCGGACGUGGAUAAGGUACUGUACGCGCCACCUUUUCUUGUCCG